AUGGAACCAUCAGAAGAUUUGUGUAUUUUAGGUUGUAAACAUAAAAUCAGCAUUGAUACAUUUCAAAACAUCGAAAAAUUCUCAAGAUAUCGAUGUCCUCAGUGUCGUCACAUUAUUCAAGACGAAAAUUGUAUGUAUAUACCUCAAUAUCAUAUAUUUUCUUAUUUCCAUGUUUAUUUCAUCGCCUCUGGUCUCAUAGGCACUACAUCAACACCCUUUCCACCAAUCACAAAAAAAUCAAAGUCAAUGUGUUCUUCUUAUUAUACAAAUACUUAUCAAGAACCUUUGUUAGUCUUUGAUCCUCCAUUAGAAAAUACAACGAUAAUGGCGCCAUCUAUUUACACUAACAACUACAAUCCCAACUUCUAUAACAAUGCUGUUGCCACUGAUAACACCAUCGUAAAUCAUUUUGAUAAUCGAGAAACUAUUACUAGUAAUGAAACAGACGAAAGCCAGUUGAUUCAAGAUAUGUUUGACAAAGAUUUAAAAAGGGUUUGUUUAUUUUUCAAACUUCCAAAAAGAAAGCAUCCCGCACAAGAAAAUCUUUAUAAAUCUUUAAGUGCUCGCAAUUAUUCUGAAGCUCUGAAUUGGUGCACAAGAUUAUUAAAAUGUUAUCCAAACACCUAUUCAAUUAGAUGUAUUCGAGCUUUUAUAAAUUUAUUAUCACAUAAAAAUUAUUUUUCUGCUUUGUUAGAUAUUGAUAUUGCGAUAAAGCUUAAACCUAAACGUUCACAAGCAUUUUAUUUACGCGGGGAAAUUUAUCGAAGAUUAGGAACACUAAGAUCAUCAAAAGAUCGUCAUCUUAAUAAUAAUAAUUAUUUUAAUGAAUUAGCAUUGAUUAAUCAUGUCAAGGCUUUGGAAUAUUCAUUUGACGAUCCAAUUAUCCUAUCUAUCAAAGGUGCUUUGUUAUAUAUGAUGGGACGAUACACUGAAGCUAUAAGAGAUUUAAAUAGAUCAUUAGACAAUUAUCCUCAUAAUAUAUAUGCACUCGGUUAUCGAGGUGCAAUAUGUAAUAAAUUAGGUUUUAAUAAUAGAGCAAUUGUCGAUUUCAACGCCGCAUUAACAUUACUAAAAUCACACAAAAAUCGUCGUGAUGAUUUAUUCAUUCUGUGCGAGCGUGCAAAACUUUUUUAUACUAUAGGAAUUAACGAAGCAUCAAUUUUGGAUUGCGAAAUGGCCUUGAGAAUAAUUCCAAAUCUAAUCAACAUGAUCCUAAUACGUGUUGAAGUUCUUUAUUUAAAAAUCAAAGAGUUAAAUUACACAUUAAAUCUAAAAAUUAUUCCGAGGCUUUAA